GGUCACUCAAGCCUCCGUCUGCCUCUCAUCCGCCUCUGCCUGGAAUCGGAGCCGCCCCGAGUGCGACGACAAGACGGAUAGAGAGGCAAGCCAAAGUGACCAACGAAGCUCUCGGCGCUCACUACCACCCACCACCCUCAUCGCCGCCAUGCUGAGGUCACUCUUCUCAUCGGCGCUGGCCCGCUCAUCACCCAUCGCUUCGACAUCUCGCCGUACCCUCUCAUCCACUGCUAGCUCUUCACCAUCACCGCCGACCCCCCCACCUGGAACUACGGCCCCGCGCAAGAAGUUCCACCCCUUGUCACAACGCUCUCCCGUCUCCCUCCCCAUCGACUCCCCGGUCCCACGCCCAUCGCGCACCCCGCCAGCCCUCGCACCUAUCGAUACCCCCUCCGCAUUCCUGCGCGCCAUAUCCGCGCCUCGUCGCGACCUUACGGCGGAUAAUGCGCUCACGAGCCUCCUGGGCGAGGACUGGGCAAAGAUGUGGUCGCUAGAGAGUAGAGACUUCAAGGGGGCUGGAGUUGGGAUCAAGGAGAGACGAUACGUCCUGUGGUGCAUGGAGAAGUUCAGGCAGGGCUGGGAUCCUAAGCAUUUCAGGAAGAGCCCAAAGAACAAGAAGAAGGUCAGAGGAUGGGGACCGAGAGUGCAAAAGGGCAUCAGAGUACGAGGAGAAAGGCGACCGGGAGAGAAGGCACCUUGAUGGGCCACGCAUUCGUCAAUGGCAAUCGUAUUCCCUUGUCAUGCCUGCAGACACUCAAACUUCACUGCGGCGCCGCUGCC